AUGGAUGUAGCAAUUCAUGAUGCGCACGACCGAUUUCUAAGACAGUGGCACGAUCGACGUUCCUGGAUGAUCAUUUACACAGCAGCUAUCAGCGAAUGCGAGGAUCAAAAAAAAGCCGCGUGGGCUGCGCUGGAAGCCGUCGAAUGGACCAAUGGCUUGGGAUUGGAUGUGGCCUUUGGACCGGCCUGUGAUUAUGCACUUGCAACAACCAGCCGCAUACUGAGCUAUAGCAGAGUAUCAAUUUUUACGUCAGCGGGUUUCUCGGAAUGGUUUCGUGACAAACAAAAUAACGCGGAGCUACUCACCAGAGUUGGACCAUUACAGGUCUGUUCUUUAUUUUCUUAG